GACAGUACCUGGGUACCUAGCUCCUAAGCCGAAGAUCACUAUCUCUGUACUGUGCAGGGGCCAGCACAGCCCAUCCACCUACCUAGGCAAGGUACCACAGCCAAAGGGGAUCUGAAUAAACGGAUGAGCGCCUCGACGACAAAGACCUGCAUUUCCCAAAGGCCCAGCGACUCGCAAUUCGGCAUACCCCAUGUCCAGUCUCAGAUAUUGCUGUGCAAAAUAGCAGCAGUCGGUCUCCUGUUGCCUCGGGAUUGAAAGCCGAGAAGCCCUGCCCUGCCCGGCCCUGACGAGCGAAUCCAGACGAAGCCGACCUGCUCUCUGCGCUCCGCGACGACCCUGCCGUACAUGGACAGGUCCCCCCUCACCCAGCAGCCUCGCCCCGAGGCCUUCCAGCAAAAGAUCGUACAGCUGUACGAUGAGCUUUUCAAGGACGACCAAGAUGCCCAAGAUAGUGACGGACAGCAUCCAGAGGGGUUCUGGCGCGAAUUCUUCCUCCUCAGGCCCGACCGACCCUCGCUGAGACGCCUAUUCGACCGGCUCUCCCCGGCCGACCUGCUGCAUCUGGAGGAGCAGACGAGGGAGCUUUUCUUAAGAUCUGUCAGGGCGCUCAAGGGAGGCGAUUCCCAGGGGGCUGCCGACUUACAUGCGCUCGACACUCUGAGCAUCUUUCUGUCCGCAGUCCUGUCCAAGAAAUACACCAACCCCAGCUCGGACAUCAUAACUGUCCUCGCUGGUCUCGACCACGUGGAUGCCGCCUUCACCGAUUUUGUGGGAUCCCUGGACCAAAUCGUACGAAAUGGCAGAUUGAUGGAACUCAGGCAGAAGGCCGUCGAGGUGGCGCUCGCCGUGACUUCGGGGGCCUACCAGACCAGCCUGCUGACGUAUUUGAUACAAAGAGACAUGUUCCCCUCCCUCACAAAGUUGAUCCAGGACGCCAGCUCGCCUUCGCAGAUAUCCAAUCCUUUUAUGCUAAUAGGUCUUUUGGCCAACUACAACAAGUUCGAAUUUCAAAACCCCUACCAGUUGCGACUGAACGACUUCGUGAACGAGGACACCAUCCAAAAGGUCAUCAAGAGCGUCGGCCACACCUGCCAGAGCCUAAGAGACCAAUUCCUCAAUGUCCAGGAGGAUCUCCCGGAGGCAUGGACGUUGACAAGCACCUUGGCCAUGUUCGGGCUGGGGGCAAUAGCCCCUGGUGCCAAGACAGACAAGAAGCCCACCUAUGAUGCCGAAACCGCAAGACAAAUGUUUGCCGAACUACCAGGGAACGAGGCUGCUGUGCUACUGGCGACAUACGACUUCGCACACGCCAACAAGCUCUUCUGUUUUAGCCUCGUCACAUUGGCUCCCGAUAAGGGCGAAGAGCAGCCGUUCGCGAGCUACAUUUCACUCACGUCAUACUUGCUGACCCACGCUCAUCUUUCCACACGGGCAGCCCUCUAUUCACAUCUCAACCUGAUGGUCUUCCGACUUCUGAUUGAGGACCCCGUCCUCUGCAAGCGCAUGUGCAGUGAAGGUAACAAGGUGCCCGUGAGGCUCUGCCGACAAAGGCAGCCCUACCUCCCCCUGGUCCGUGGCGAACGGGCCAUCGCAAUGGCGGUCAUUGACACCAUGAUCGAUGGCAUAAACCACAACCUGAAGCGCCGCCUGGACGUCAACCUAUACACGCUUUGUGUAGGAAUUCUACUGCGAAUAAUUAGCUAUAUGUCGCGAUCCCGCACGCGGCUAUCGUAUCACUGGUCGGAGCUUUUCCGCUCCCUGUUGUCGCUGAUUAAGUUCCUGACGACAUACGCGGCCGAUCUGAAGGACUUGUCACACAUUGACGUGCUUCUCGAUCAUGUUGUCAACCUCCUUGCGCUGGGUUUGUCGGCGGGCGAGGCUUUCCUACCCACGCCGGCGGCAUACGACGACCUGUUCUACAAGGUAGUUGAGGCGGGCGACGUGUUGGUCAAGUUCCGCGACACAUACGAACUGGCGAACCGGCCGACGAAUAGCAUCGAGACACUCGUCAGCGUGUCUGCGCACUACAAGACGUUGCUGGCCGACGGCGGAGCGAAGGGAGGGAAGGGGAGCAAGACGGGCGCGGGCGGCGUGCUGACGAGCCUACAGGUGGCAGAGGUGAUCAAGCAGGGUUACGAGACGCUCAGCAUACAGGCAAAGGAGGGUCUGGACUCGUGGGAGCGAUACAGGGAGGCAGAUGAGAGGACUCUCCUAAAGAAGGUGGCAAGGAUCGCGGUUGGUGAUGUUAGGACGCGGGUGGCUGAGUGAGCAGCAAGAUGCAUUGUAGUCACCGUCCCUUGAUAUAUGGCCCGUUCUUUUAAUCUGCCGAACCCUUACGCAGUUACACCUUCAAAGCCUUCGAAGAAUAGACAAACGGUAGCGCCAUUUUUCACUUUAUAAGUUUUUCCCGCCCAUUAGUAUAUACUUAAGCCUCUUUAAAAAUAGAUAGUAUCACUCUAACUAUUAUUUAUAAUAACUUAUUAUUUCUCUUUAAAAAA